CGGUGAAAGGGCCCACCACUUAUUUAGUUCUCCAGGCCGCAUUGGCGUCGAGUCAUCGACCAAUCCAAUCCGCUCCCCCGGUGCGCCAUGGCUACCCUCCGCCAUCUCGCCGCCGUGCUCCUCAUCCUCUUCGCCGCCGCGUCGCCGGCGGCGGCGGCCGCGAGAGAGCAGUCGACGUACAUCCUCCACCUCGCGCCCGAGCACCCGGCGCUCAGGGCCACGCGCGUCGGCGGCGGCGGCGGCGCCGUGUUCCUCGGCCGCCUCCUUCGCCUCCCGCGCCAUCUGCGCGCACCGCGGCCACGGUUGCUCUACUCCUACGCGCACGCAGCGACGGGGGUCGCGGCGCGCCUCACCCCCGAACAGGCGGCGCACGUCGAGGCGCAGCCUGGGGUGCUCGCCGUCCACCCCGACCAGGCGCGCCAGCUGCACACCACCCAUACCCCGGCGUUCCUCCACCUUACCCAGGCUUCCGGGCUCCUGCCCGCCGCCGCCUCCGGUGGCGCGUCGUCACCCAUCGUCGGGGUGCUCGACACCGGGAUCUACCCCAUCGGCCGCGGCUCCUUCGCGCCCACCGACGGGCUCGGCCCGCCGCCCGCGUCCUUCUCCGGCGGAUGCGUCUCCACCGCCUCCUUCAACGCCUCCGCCUACUGCAACAACAAGCUCAUCGGCGCAAAGUUCUUCUACAAGGGAUACGAGGCUGCUCUCGGCCACGCCAUCGAUGAGACGGAGGAGUCCAAGUCGCCACUGGACACCGAGGGCCACGGGACCCACACCGCCUCCACCGCCGCAGGGUCGCCGGUGACCGGCGCCGGGUUCUUCGACUACGCGCGUGGCCAGGCGGUGGGCAUGUCCCCCGCGGCGCACAUCGCCGCGUACAAGAUCUGCUGGAAGUCCGGUUGCUACGACUCCGACAUCCUCGCCGCCAUGGACGAGGCCGUCGCGGACGGCGUCGACGUCAUAUCCCUCUCCGUCGGCGCCGGCGGCUACGCCCCGAGCUUCUUCCGCGACUCCAUCGCCAUCGGCUCCUUCCACGCCGUUAGCAAGGGCAUCGUGGUGUCCGCGUCCGCCGGCAACUCCGGCCCCGGCGAGUACACCGCGACGAACAUCGCGCCAUGGAUACUGACCGUCGGCGCAUCUACCAUCGACCGCGAAUUCCCGGCUGAUGUGGUUCUAGGCAACGGUCAGGUCUACGGCGGCGUGUCCCUGUACUCCGGCGAACCCCUGAACUCCACACUGCUCCCGGUGGUGUACGCCGGCGACUGCGGGUCUCGGCUUUGCAUAAUCGGCGAGCUCGAUCCAGCGAAGGUUUCCGGCAAGAUCGUUCUGUGUGAGCGUGGGAGCAACGCCCGUGUGGCGAAAGGCGGGGCAGUGAAGGUGGCCGGCGGUGCCGGCAUGAUUCUGGUGAACACGGCGGAGAGCGGCGAGGAGCUGGUUGCCGACUCCCACCUCGUCCCGGCGACAAUGGUGGGGCAGAAAUUCGGCGACAAGAUCAAGUACUACGUCCAGAGCGAUCCGUCGCCGACGGCGACCAUCGUGUUCCGGGGCACGGUCAUCGGGAAGUCGCCGUCCGCGCCGCGCGUCGCGGCGUUCUCGAGCCGGGGCCCCAACUACCGCGCGCCGGAGAUCCUCAAGCCGGACGUCAUUGCCCCCGGCGUCAACAUCCUCGCGGCGUGGACCGGCGAGUCUGCGCCCACCGACCUCGACAUCGACCCGAGGCGCGUGGAGUUCAACAUCAUCUCCGGCACGUCCAUGUCGUGCCCGCACGUCAGCGGCCUCGCCGCGCUGCUCCGCCAGGCGCAACCGGACUGGAGCCCGGCGGCGAUCAAGUCGGCGCUCAUGACCACGGCGUACAACGUGGACAACUCCAGCGCGGUCAUCAAGGACCUGGCUACCGGGACCGAGUCGACGCCGUUCGUCCGUGGCGCCGGCCACGUCGACCCCAACCGCGCGCUCGACCCUGGCCUCGUGUACGACGCCGGGACCGAAGACUACGUCUCCUUCCUCUGCACGCUCGGCUACUCCCCCUCCAUCAUCUCCCUCUUCACAACAGACGGCUCCGUCGCCAACUGUUCGACGAAAUUCCCCCGCACCGGGGACCUCAACUACCCCGCCUUCGCCGUCGUCCUAUCCUCCUACAAAGAUUCAGUCACCUACCACAGGGUGGUGCGCAACGUCGGCAGCAACGCCAAUGCCGUCUACGAAGCCAAGAUCGACAGCCCGUCCGGUGUGGAUGUCACGGUGAGCCCAAGCAAGCUGGUGUUCGACGAGAGCCACCAGAGCCUGUCCUACGACAUCACCAUCGCCGCGUCGGGUAACCCGGUGAUCGUCGACACCGAGUACACCUUCGGGUCGGUCACCUGGAGCGACGGCGUGCACGACGUCACUAGCCCCAUCGCCGUGACAUGGCCGUCGAACGGCCGAGCAGCAUCCAUGUAGAGUAGUGUUGGAAAUUUGGGUGUCUUCUGGUUUGGUGGCAAUGGGGACAGCUUGUAUAGGUCCUUCUUGGACAGAGAUCUCCACGCAUGAGACCAAAUCCUUCCAUGAAGCUUAGUGCUCCCAUGGCUUCAUGGAAGGGAUCGGUUGCCUGUUCAUCGCUAUGCACAUGUGUAACUCACUGGAUUGGAGUGGUGAAUAAUUUUAUUUAUGCUAAAUUACCUGGAUUCCCAUGCUAGAA